CUAGGGACUAACAUUUAGGGUUAGGAUUAGGGUUAUGGUUAGGUCUAGGGUUAGGGUUAGGGGUCAGGGUUGGGUUUAGGGUUAGGGUUAGGAUUAGGGUUAGGUUUAGGUUUAGGUCUAGGGUUAGGGUUAGGGUUAGGUCUAGGGUUAGGGUUAGGCCUAGGGUUAGGGUUAGGGUUGGGGUUAGGGUUAGGGUUUGGUUUAGGUCUAGGGUUAGGGUUAGGGUCAGGGUUUAGUUUAGGUCUAGGGUUAGGGGUUAGGGUUUAGGGUUAGGCCUAGGGUUAGGUCUAGGGUUAGGGUUUGGUUUAGGACUAGGGUUAGGGUUAGGAUUAGGGUUUGGUUUAGGUCUAGGGUGAGUGUAAGUGCUAGGGGUUAGGGUUUAGGGUUUGGGGUUAGGGUUAGGGCUGGGGUUAGGGGUCAGGGUUGGGUUUAGGGUUAGGGUUAGGUUUAGGUCUAGGGUUAGGGUUAGGCCUAGGGUUAGGGUUAGGUCUAGGGUUAGGGGUUAGGGUUGGAGUUAGGGUUAGGUCUAGGGUUAGGGUUAGGGGUUAGGGUUAGGGUUAGGGUUUAGUUUAGGUCUAGGGUUAGGGUUAGGGUUAGGGGUUAGGGUUUAGGGUUAGGGUUAGGGUUUGGCUUAGGGUUAGGGUUUGGUUUAGGGCUAGGGUUAGGGUUAGGAUUAGGGUUUGGUUUAGGUCUAGGGUGAGUGUAAGUGCUAGGGGUUAGGGUUUAGGGUUUGGGGUUAGGGUUAGGGCUGGGGUUUGGUUUAGGUCUAGGGUUAGGCUUUGGGUUACACACUGGGUUAGGAUUAUAAUUAAACCCAAGGUUAGUGUAAUGACCAGACCUAGGGGUUUUUUAAGAACUAGGGUGAGUGUCAGAUAGUUUUAGAACUUCAGACUUUGGGUCUGAAAUUUUAAAUGUCAGUGGUUAAACAUAUUUUCAAUAACAACCUUAGAUAGUAGUUUCAAACACUACGGUUAGGGUUAGGGUUAGGGUUAAUAUUAGAGCUGGGUUAGGGUUACACCUAGGGUUCGAGUUAGGGCUAGGGUUAGGGUUAAACCCAGGGUUAGGAUUAGGGCUAUAACUUUUGUUAGGGUUAGGGUAAGAGUUAGACCUACUGUUGGGGUAAGAACUAGAGUUAGGGUUAGACACAGGGUAAAGGCCAGACCUAGGGUUUAGAUUAGGUUGAAACGUAGGGUUGGGGUUGGAUCAAUUUUAGAUUUUGGGGCACACAUUUCAAAUGUUAGUUGUAAGAAAGAUUCCAAAUUACGAGCUUUGAGAUAUUAUCUUCAAAUAAUACGUUUAUAAAAGAUUCCAAUCUUUAAUUUUGAAUUUAAAUUUUUUAGAGAAAUGACCCUGGUUUCUGUCUAAGGGUUAAAGUUACGGUAACCACUUUUAAAAAUGUGAGAGGCAGAGCACGGCGUUGGUGGUUAUCUCCGCCCUGGUUUCUGAGCUACUUCCCACCAUGAAUUAGCACAGCAGAAAGCGUCUUUGUACACUUUCAGGAGGACAUUGUACAGGUGGGGAUAGCAGCAUACUUAACAGGUGUUAUGCCGUAGAAUGCACCCCCUGCAUCCCCUCCACUUGUUAGCUUCUUAAAGAUGGCUCCGCGCCCCCCUGGGGGGGCGGGCCACACACUUUGAGAAAUGCUGCCUUAAGCCUAACCUCAGGUUAAACAUAAAUAUAUUAUUUUGGAUUAAUAAGAAUCAGCAGUUAAAGGGUUAACAUUUUCAAAUUAAAUAGAGUAGAAAAUAACAUAAAAUAUCCGAGAAAUUCAGUUAAUUAUUUGUUAAAAGGUAUAAAAGGUGAGAAGGGAACAGGGACAUUUCUUCUUUUUUUAGCUGCUGUCAACACCUAUGAAUUGGUGCCCAGCAGCCCUUUCUUAUGUGUGCACAGACCUGAAGAAGACCCAAGUCGGGUCGAAACUUAGAGGGAGAUGGGAGUCAUUCCCCAAUCCUAACCCUAACACAGGAGCACUCCGAGAAGCUAACCCUCAAACGACAGGAAAUGGCCUGAAACGUGCUCACAACCCAUUUUCAACAUUUCCAGACAAAGUAGAACACUUGGAAACACUGACUUUGGCCAUUUUCUGCUCCCAUUCAUUUUCAAUGGGAAAUUUCCAUUUCGCCAUAACUUUUGAUAGGAAUGUCCGAUCGCUGGUUCAUUAGUAUUUAUAGAUUCAGCAUACCCGAAAAUGGGGGGGUAGACCAAAUCUCAGCCCGGUUCAUCAAUGGGAAAGGCAAUGAACCGGCAUGUCAAAAGUGGCACAUACCCCUAUAUCAUCAUCAUCAUCAUCAUCAUCAUCAUCAUCCUUUAAAUACUAAUAAUCUAUUUUUAAUUUAUUGUUUAUUAAAUUUUAUAGCAUGCUUAAAAUAGUACAAAUUUUAAAUUAACUGGGGAUCAUUAUUUUCAAGAACUAAAGCAGAUAUGCAGCCUCGGCCCAAACAUAAAGCAGGAGGCGAAACCCUGUUUCCCGCGUCCAAAGCAUACACUGAAGCAUUGAGCUAUAUGACUGAGCAGUAAAAUGUGUAUUGUAAAAUGUAUUUUGUGUUUCACAAAAGGUGUUUUCAAAAGGUUUUUGUGUUUUACACUUAAGGGACACCGUAAUACUAUGACUUUUUUUUUUCAAAAUUUGAUAUCUUAUUACACUUUAUCAUGACAUUUUUAUCAUAAUAUGCAUUUUGACAUUUUUUUUCAAACUGUACUGUAAUUUUUUAUCAUGCAUUACUUUGAUUUUUUUUAUUAUACUAUACAAUUACCUUUUUUCCUUCUGUCAUACAAUAUUUUUUAUCAUAUUAUACCAUGAUAAUUUUCACAUACUAUAUACUAUCGUAUUUUAUAAUAAUUAUUGUUUUUAAAAGACUAUAAAGGGACACUUUUUCAAACUAAAACAUAUUUUUUUACAUACUGUACUCUGACAUUUUAACACACUUACUAUGGAAUUUUAUUAUACUAUUCUGACAUUUUUUUCAUACUAUACUUGUUUUAUUUUACUGUUCUAAUAUUUUUUAAUCAAACAAUACUUUGACAUUUAACAUAUGAUACCGUGGAUUUUUUUGUCAGACUGGUGGACCGAAUUUCUUUAGAUUUCAGAUGAACAUGAAUUCCUCAAACAUUAACCCCCCCAUGAUAAUGUUUCUCAGCUGCGCCCCCUGCUGGAUGAGAGCAGGGGUGUUUGGCGAGGGAAGUGCCACCGUGUCCACAGAGGGUUAGUGAGUGUUACCUGGCUGUUACCUGAGCUCGUGGACUCUGGUCGUGUACUGUAAACCGUGUUCAGUGUUUUAGCUGAAGGAUUUUCUCUGCUCUGAAGACUCGCUGUGAGAAAAACCUUCAUCCUGGAUCAUCGGGGCGGCAGCAGGAAGAAGAAGAUAGAGGACUUCUCUCGGUCUUCACGGGAAAAACUCGUCCAAUCUAAGAACAAAAUGUUCUCCAAAUUCACGUCCAUCCUGCAGCACGCUGUAGAAGCGGUGAGUUUCAGUGUGAGAGAGUAAAUUCAGGUUUAAAUCAUCAGUUUAAACAGAUCUGAUCCGGUUUUAAAGGUCCGUUUAAAGGCCUCAGAUUAGCUCAGGCUAACAGCUGCUAACGUGUUUUUCUCUGUGUGUUAGUGCUUGAUAAAUGUUACCUGAGGUUACCUGUGUUUGUCUUUGAGGACACCUGAAAUAACAACACACUGUCAUCGUGUUUGUGUGUUUAGAAACGGUUUAUUUUGAAGGUUUGCUAGGUAAGGCAAGCUAUUGUUAGCCGAGUUAGCUAGCUUAUUAGCAUUAGCCAGUUAGGGUAAAACUGCAGGUUUGAGAAAAGCUGUGAAAAAAUCAUGAAAAUAUGAACUAAUCCACUCUGUACUGUUUAAUGUGGUCUAAUAUUUUCCUCUGAAACUGUAAACAUAAACAGUCUGUGAGUGAACGAGCCCAGUUAGCUUAGCUCAGGCAGGCUAGCUUCGAACCUGCAGCUAACCCUGAAACCUGGUCCAAUCAAAAUACAAACUCCAGACAUGUAAACAGAUAAAACUACAAACCCCAGACAGGUAAACAGUUAAAACUACAAACUCCGGACAUGGAGUCCAGGCAGUCCAGGUCCAAAGAGGGGACUUUACUGACAGCACUGGAUCCAAAGCCUUGAGCUCAGAUCUGUCGCUGGUGUUUGGAAAUCCAGGCUCUGAUGUCUCUGAGACCGUUUAAGUCUCUAGUGAACUCUUGUCUUUGCAGGUAGAUCGAAUAAUUAUCCUCAUGUGGGUGAAAAAAGUUCAAAGGUGGGAGGUACUGGAAAAAAGGUUUUGGUCCAAGAAUAAAGCCCUGCAGGACUCCACAUGAAGCAACUGAUGAAACAGAAGAUCAGAGCUGAAGGUCGUUCCUCAGGUGACUCUGAUUAAACUGUGAAAUAUUAACAUCUGUGUGUUUCUGUCCAGCUGGCCCCGUCUCUGCCCCUACAGGAGGACUUUGUCUAUCAUUGGAAGGCCAUCACACAUUACUACAUCGAGACCUCAGGUAAGACAAACAGGCACACAGCUCCUCCUGAAGGUUCCUGAGUGAACCCCAAACAGCUGAAGUUUACACCCGACUCCACCGCCGACAUUGACGAUAACUGAUCGACUUAUGCCGACAAAGGUCAGCGCCGAUAACCAGAGAUCAGGUCAGCUGGAUGUGCUCGGUCAUUUUGAGUAAUCUGGUGUCCGAUUUUACAACAGAAGCAGGUUCAAAAUAAGAAACGGACAUAAAUUAUGGAGAGGGCUGUGAUGUAAUCUGACUGUGUUACCAGAACGCUCAUUAAACAUGUUUUUAUUUCAUUUAUUUUUAUUAAAAAAACAGAAACUUUUCCACUGUCCUUCCACUCGAUUACGUUUCACUGCCUCUUGUAUUUCGAAUUAUUUACCAAACCCACAAACCGUUUCUUGAACCAGUCACAUGGUGCCGCCGGCUCAUGACAUCCGUCAUCAGCACAAACUUCGAUUCGCACGUCACGGAAAUUUUCCGCAAUUACUCGGCUCACGAUCCAAAACCUCGACGCCGAAGGACACAUCAGUAAUGACGACUCAGCAGAUUCAGAGCAACUGUUAAAAUUUUCUCCAAAGUCAUAAAAUGAAAAAUCUAAACCUCUCAGCAUCAGGCAGCUUCAGGUUUCCCCAGGAUUUAGAAACAUAAACUCUUCAGAUAUUUUCACUGGAGAUGUUGAUGAUCGUGUUCACGGUGUAUCAGGUUCUUCUUCUUCUUCUUCUUCAUGAGUAACGGCUCAGUAAAAGUCUCAUCACGUGAAGAACUCUGUGAAGCUGCUUCAGUCUGGUCAGAUCAGAGUCGUGAUAAACACCUCGUUUAAAGAAUCUGCCUCCUUCUCCUGAACUGCUGGUUCAGCUUCUUCUCACCAGUUUACCCAGUUAUUCCAGUUUAACAGACUCUCUCUGAAUCUGUUUCUCUGAAUCUGUUUCUCUCUCAGAGCGUCUGAUCAGGGAACGUCUGAGAAAAUGUCCCAAACUUCAAAAAAUUCAAACAGGAACUUGAUAAAUCGGCUUCAGAUGAAGGUUUUCCUGUAAUAACUCUCCUCUCUGUCUAAAAUGUUUCAUCACAGAUGAAUCAGUUCUUAAUGUCGGUCUCUGUGGUUCACCGUCUUCUGCACCAGUCUGUGCUUUAAAGGACCAGAUUCAUAUAGAAGCUGCACAGUAAUUCAGUUCAAUAAAGCACGGCACAGCUGGAAACAAAUGUUCUUUGAGUUUCAACUAAACAUGUAAAAACUGCUCCUGAUGUAAACCUGAAGUUUUCCACCUGCUGCACAGAGGAAAGAGAGUUUGGACUCGUUUCUGGUUUCCCUCUUUAGAUGACAAAGCUCCGGUCACAGACACAAACAUCCCGUCACACCUGGAACAGAUGCUGGACAUCCUGACCCAGGAGGAGGCUGAGCGGGAGUCAGGAGAGACCGGGCCCUGCAUGGAGUACCUUCUGCAUCACAAGAUCCUGGAGACGCUCUACACGCUGGGCAAGGCUGAUGUAAGAGUUGAUGUGGUUAGACUAUCUGAGGGACGUCUCCACGGAAACAUGCAGGACAUGACGGCCCUGUGUUUGUUUUAGUGUGAAGUCUGAGGAGAAACUCUGAUCUGAUCUACACUUUUGUCCUCAGGAGUAAAAUCUUGUCCUUCUGUCGUCUCUCCUCAGUGUCCUCCCGGCAUGAAGCAGCAGGUGCUCACCUUCUACACAAAGCUGCUCGCACACAUUCGUCAGCCUCUCCUGCCCCACAUCAACGUCCACAGACCUGUACAGGUGAGACAGGUGACGGUGUUUCGAUGUUUCUCCGUGUGGUCAGUCGAUGGUCGUUUUACUGACCGGGUCAACUCUUUCUGUCAGAAACUGAUCCGGCUGUGUGGGGAGGUGCUGGCUGCUCCGACAGAAAACGAGGAGAUCCAGUUUCUCUGUAUCGUCUGUGCCAAACUGAAGCAGGACCCGUACCUCGUCAACUUCUUUCUGGAGGUGAGCGUCUUUGACCCCGACAGGAAACACAGCGAGCAGCUGUCAAAGGAAGUAAAGGCGUAAACUAUGAGGAGAAAAUCUUUGAUUUUGUUCUUUACAGAAUAAAUCGAAACGACCGGAGAGCAAGAGUCCAGGAGGAGCAGAGCUGCUGAAGGAGAACGUUUUGACUCCAGAUACUGGUCAGCCUCCAUCUGAGGAGCAAACAGAGGAGCUGCUGGCUACAGCCGCCGCCGCCGCCGCCAGUCCAACCAACAACAAUAACAACAACAACUACAAUCUGGUCUCCUCCCUGCUGAACCUCACAAAGAGCCCCGUAAGUUACCGACCAGGUGGAAAGUUUAACAGCUGGAGGAACGCCUCCAUCAGGUCAGUCACAUGACCGCGUCUAAAAAGGACUUUAAUAUGGAAUCAGAUUAGUGUCAAAAAUCAUCAAACAAAACUUGAAUAAGAAUUUAAGAGAAGGAAAGGAACGGUCAUCUCCGAAGUCAAACUCGUGUCACCUGCUGCUCUUUUAUUGACUGUUUCCUGUUUCUUUCUCUCCGUCAGGUUCGCAGUUACGCCGCUGCUCUCUCUUUGCGCUCUCGAGUUUUUGUUUGUGAUUCUUCACUCAUUUAAGAAGUUUUGUUUGAUUAUUUUUGACACAAAUCUGUUUCCAUACUUUCAGAGCGGCUGAAUCUCUUUUCAAAAACUGUGAACUCAGUUCAUCACUGCGUCCACUAAUGAGGUUAAAUCCAGCAUCUCUGAUAGUCUGAGGAUCAGCAGAGUCCAUGUCAUCUGUGAAGGCUUCAUUAAUGCUGAACUAGAUCUCCAGGUUUAGGAGAAACAUCUGCGUCCAUCCAGACAAAGACUUUUUCAGAGAAGACCUCCUCAUGAUCCCAAACCUCGUCCUGUAAUCCUGUAAGUCUUUCUGUUUUUGCAGGUUGUAGUUUUGAGUUUAAUGAACUUUUCUCUCCUUGGAUUUCAGGAUGGGAGGAUCGUGGUGAAGGCGUGCGAGGGUCUGAUGCUGCUGGUCAGUCUACCGGAGCCUGCAGCUGCCAAGUGUUUAACGGAGAACACAGAGCUGUGUGACCUCCUGACCGACAGGCUGGUCUCGUUUUACAGAGCUCUGCCUCAGUCCAUGGACCCUCUGGACAUCGAGACCGUGGAGUCGGUCAACUGGGGGUAGAUCUUUAUCUUCUUUUCAAUGACGGGUGUUUCUCCAAGUUUCAUCCCACCCUGAAUCUUCUCGUCUUUGUUUGAUUUCAGUCUGGACGUGUAUAACCUGAAGGAGGACGCUGCGGUCUUUACUGGGAAGCGCGCUCUCAUCUCCUUCCUGUCUUGGCUCGAUUACUGCGACCAGCUCAUCAAAGAGGCUCAGAGGGUCUGUAACGCUGACGACCAUCUUAUAGUUAUCAGAAGAAAACAGACGCUCUCCAAACUUUCUCAGCAUCUGAAGCUUACGGGCUGAACGCCGUUGUUCUUUUUCUCUUUCAGUCGGCAGCUGCAGUGAUGGCGAAAGCCGUGAGAGAGCGAUUCUUUGUGUCUGUGAUGGAGCCUCAACUCAUGCAGACGUGAGUCCUGCCUGAAUCACCCGUCACUCAUCCUCUGUUCACAGAUCUGCUGCUGUCUCAGAGCGUCACCGCAGACCCAUCAUAAAAAGUUUCACACUUUGGUAACUCCACCGGAGAAAAAAACAUCUGCUGUCAGUUUGGUACUCGAUUAAAAACUGAGAGAGAGAGAGAGAGAGGGAGGGAGAGAGAGAGAGAGAGAGAGAGAGAGAGAGAGAGAGAGAGAGAGAGAGAGAGAGAGAGAGAGAGAGAGAGAGAGAGAGAGAGAGAGAGAGAGAGAGAGAGAGAGAGAGAGAGAGAGAGAGAGAGAGAGAGAGAGAGAGAGAGAGAGAGAGAGGGAGAGAGAGAGAGGGAGAGAGAGAGAGAGAGAGAGAGAGAGAGAGAGAGAGAGAGAGAGAGAGAGAGAGAGAGAGAGAGAGAGAGAGAGAGAGAGAGAGAGAGAGAGAGAGAGAGAGAGAGAGAGGGAGGGAGAGAGAGAGAGAGAGAGAGAGAGAGGGAGAGAGAGAGAGAGAGAGAGAGAGAGAGAGAGAGAGAGAGAGAGAGGGAGAGAGAGGGAGAGGGAGGGAGAGGGAGGGAGAGAGAGAGAGAGAGGGAGGGAGAGAGAGAGAGGGAGAGAGAGGGAGGGAGAGAGAGAGAGAGAGGGAGGGAGAGAGAGAGGGAGAGAGAGAGGGAGAGAGAGAGAGAGAGAGCAAGAGAGAGAGAGAGAGAGAGACAGAGAGGGAGGUAGAGAGUUAGAUUUUUUCAAAGAGUCUAAAUCGACUGUUUUUAUAUUUGAAGAUAAACUCGAUCAGAGCGACACUCACUGCGGACCAUAACGCUGAUUUUCUGUGUGUCAGAAUCUCAUGAUCUUGUUUCUCGUCCUGGGUUCAUGUCUUUGAGCAGAACCUCCGAUAAGUCUAUUUUUGAUCAUCGCUGUUUUUAUCGGAGUGACUCUGAUCGUUUAACGCCGGCGUCUUUUAUACCUGGUGUUGUCGUCGCCCUGCUGCGCUGUAAACUCUGUUUUGUGGUUGUUGGCUCACACAGGUCGGAGGUCGGCAUCCUGACCUCCACAGCUCUGCUGAACAGGAUCAUCCGGCAGGUGACAUCGGACGCUCUGCUGCAGGAGAUGAUUUACUUCCUGCUGGGCGAGGACAGAGAGGCAGAGACGGCGGCGAGCAUCGGUCAGAACCCGCUCAGACACCGAUUGAUCGAGCACUGUGACCACCUGUCAGACGAGGUACAUCAGACAGAUCAUCGGCUGAUCCCUCCGUAGUCUCUCCUUUAAACAAAGAAGCGUCUGUCUGUCCUUCAGCGAUCGACAGUCAGGAUGGAUCAUGUGACUCAGUGAAGAAAUAAAGAUGUUGAUAGCUCAGAGAUGAGUCAUUGGCGUUUGAACGAACUCUCUGUCUUCCUCCUGUGUCCUCAGAUCAGCAUCAUGACUCUGCGACUGUUCGAGCAGCUCAUCCAGAAACCAAACCAGCACAUCCUGCACAGCCUGGUGCUGCGCGGCCUGGAGGAGAGGAACUACCUGGAGAACAAGCCACAGGAGGAGCGGGAGCCCCUGGAGAACGGGCAGCCUCAUGAUGCUGUGUAAGGGCCCGCCCCUGACCUUUGACAAUCAUCCGGUUAAAUAAAGUGAAUUUAUCUGCAGGCUGUGUUGGUUUUGAUGAGGAGCUGACUCUUCUCCUCACAGUUUCAGCUGAAAGAUCAUUGAAAGUUGGAGGAACCAGGAGAAUGAGUGUAAAAUAAGAGAUAAAGAAGUUGAUGAACUGACCUCAGGUCAGAGUGGUGCUGCAGUUUUUCCUUCAAAAUAAUCUGUGAGAGGAGCGGCUGUGAACAGGUGAGUCCUUCACCUGCGUUAGAAGAGUUCAGAGCGUCUCCGUGUUCUAAGGACAGAAGGCUGAUCUGGUCCAUGACCUGAGCAGUCCAGAUGGUUUAUGAAGAACUAGAUCACUCAUUUAUUUUGGGCCUAAACUCCGACGGAUUUCAGCUUCGGUUAGUUGUUGACGACUUCAGUCUGAAGCUGCCGGCCGACUCGUUCCUCUUUGACUCCAGAAACAACGUCCUCAGGAGGAAAGUAUGAGACCGCGGUCACCUGGAGACACGGUCACCUGGAGACACGGUCACCUGGAGACACGGUCACCUGGAGACACGGUCAUAUGUAACUGUGUCUCACCUGUGUAGUGUUUGUCUUUAUCUGAGCUGAUGUGUUAAACUAAAGGGGCCCCAGGAUGGUGCCUUGGGGACCUCCACAUGUCUUUUUUCUAAAGUUGAUCUUCAAAAGUCUCGGUUCUUUUAAAGUCCUAAACCAGUUCAGUGCCGAGUCACUGUGUCAGAAAGUCCCGCUCGUUUGCCGUCAGUCGAGUCGUUUGUUGGAGGAUGAAUUUGUUGUUUGUUGGUCACGAUCGCAGCGAAACAAACUCUGUAACUAAUAAAGUUUGAAUCAUCAUGUUGAAAUCGAACUUCUCAUCCUCCUCAGCUUCAGAAGCUGAAACGUUUGAACAAGUUAAACCUCAGAGUUUCAUUGACUAAAGGUCCUUACACACCAGCCGCGAAUUAUUCGCCAUUUUUAAAAACAGCAUAAAGUCAAUACAAGCUUCCACACCGGCGGCGAUUUUUCCGCGGGGCGAAAAGCGUCUUUUAUUUUUUUGCUCUUGUGUCGAAUUUUUCGGAGAUUUGCAGGCGAAUAUCUGGACCUAAUAGACCUCUGGCCAAUCAAAAGUCAUGUUGUUGAUGAUCUUCAUUUAUCAAGCACGCUAUGGCAAACCCAUCAGCUCCUCUUGGAGACGAGUGAGCUAUAGAUGAACUAUUAUGUGCUUAUUAUAACGGGGCUGGGGGCCCGGAGCUUCCAAGAAAACGGGACUUUGUCUCAUUCAUGUAGAAAAGUGUCGAUUAUCGUAAUCUGACCUCAGACGUGUGGCUCGCCGCUCCUCUGGACCAAUCAGCUCUCUGUAGUUAGUUGUCUGCUUCUCCAGCCGUGGGGUCAGCUGCUGGAGGAGGUCGUUAAAUCGCCCGCGGGACAUUCUGAAAUACUGGCGGGAUUUUGGGGGGUAGAACUUCGCUUUGCAAAAUUUAUACGCAUAUUCGCUUGGCACCCGGUGUGUAUAGGCGAAAGCGAUUUUUGGACCGGUGAAUAUUUUCGCAUUUACGUCUCGCUUUUUCGCUUCUCUGUGUAAGGACCUUAAGUCUGAAUGAAAAGGAGUGUCUGAAUGCGGCGCUGCUCCUCCCUGACGGUUUGACUCCAUCAUUUUUAGCAGCGGUUGAGUUUCCAGGAAAGCUGGACGUCAGGAUAAUGAUGCUGUUUGAGUAUUUCUGAGCAGAUGUUUUCUUUCUGAAUCUGUGUGAGUCAGAAAAACUGAAAAACCUUUUAAAAUGUUGAUUUUUCAUCCAGAUUCACUGACAGACUGUGAAAACAGGAGCAGAGUUAACACCUUCGAUCCCCUGAUCAAUAAAUCUACAUGUUUGAUCAUAUUUGUGUUUGUCCCUCAGAGACCUGGAGGAGGAUCCUCUGUUCGGUGAUGAUGUCUCUCCAGACAGCAGGCUGUCCUCCGAUUGGCUGAGCUCGUCUCCUCCUCAGAGUCCUGAUCACUCAAAGCCCGACGGGAAGACAGAAGUCCACAAGAUCGUCAACAGGUGAGCGGUCUGUUCGCACUGAGUGGGCGGAGCAUACCUGUGAGACUCCAGGUAAACAGGAGAGGUUUCCACAGAGACGUCUCUUCAGCUCAUCGAUUCUAACACAUAAAAAAGUGAAACAGAAGGAUGAGGACAAAGUUCACUCUGCUCUCAUCUUCCUCAGAGACCUUCACAGUGUGAACAUAAUGAAAGUGAUUUAUUCCACGUAAACACGUUAACUUUACAGACAGAUGGACUCCCUGGUCCUCAAACACGUUAUAAUAACUUUACAGCCGAAACAUUAGAGGAGUGUAACUUCCUCCUAAAUCUGAAUAUUUGAAGUUUGAAGGGAUGAACAGCUGCUCCUGUGAAAUAUUUAAACAGUAAAAUUCCUGUUUCUAUGAAAUUGAACCUUUUGAAGUUCAUGUAUUUUAAAACUCGUUCCUGUUUAGAUGGCGGCGUUGGGGUAGAUCAGAGUUUUCUUAGUUUCUUUUGUUCCUCUGCCGUGUAAAGAACUUUUUGCAACAUUGUUUUUGUAUAAAAAGUACAAAUAAAAACUGAUUGAUUGAUUGAUUGAUUGAUUAAAUUCUCUGUCUGUAGUUUCCUGUGUCUGGUUCCUGAUGAGGCCAAGUCUUCGUAUCAGGUCGAGGGGACAGGAUACGACACCUACCUCAGAGACGCACACAGACAGGUACAGACUACGACGCUCCAUCUUUAGAGUCUGAUUCAGAGGUUCGUCUCUCACUGUCGACACUCUUCAGUUCAGGGACUUCUGCAGCGUCUGUCAGCGCUGGGACUGGAGGGGGAACCCAAAACCGUUUGAGAAGUGUAACCUGGACAUCCCGUUCUUUGAGGGACAUUUCCUGAAGGUCCUGUUCGACAGGAUGGGUCGCAUCCUGGACCAGGUGGGUUGGAG